AUGACUAUCAAGGAUCAUCCUGACCCCAAAACCGCAAAACCUGCAAGAAAGCGCCUCUUUCCCUCUCUCCCCUUCUCUCCCUCUCUCCCUGUCUCUCCCUCUCUCUCUCUCUCUUUACCCUCUCCUCUCUCACCUCUCCUCUCUCACCUCUCCUCUCUUUUUGUGUCUCUGUUUCGAGGCUUUCGGGAGCACAUAUUCCAGGCCCUCAAACUGAUUCUGGAAGGAUUGCGGCAGCGCGGCCUGGCGGUUGUCACGCUUAGUGCCUUGGAGGCCCAGCAGGCCAUUCCCGUGCCCCGGGCAUUGGCAAAGCAUCCUGCAGAGCGAGGUUAUGCUGUCAUCAGCCACCACAACUUUGGCAUGGUCGAUGGUGUUGUGUUCAACACGCGGGAUGAGGCCAUGCAUCAUUGGCAUCGUCUCUCGAUGUUCUCCGCUCACAUGCUUGUGGGCCCUGAUGGCAAGGAGAUCAAAUACUAUGGUAAGCGCAGCGGCAGAGACGAUGAGAUGUUGCGGUGGUGGGAGGAUCAUGCAGGAUCAUAG